AUGUCGAAUGCAAUGUACAACGAAUUUUGGAAAGAGACACAAAACACAUUAGAUGAAUUAAUACGCGCAGAUUCGUGUUUGCAAAAUUCAAAACCACAAAAAGAUCGAAAUAAAGCACAUCAAAUUGUUUCGGAAUUGUAUGUUAAAUACAUCAUUGUUUGCAACAAGUUAGAAGAGUGUUACGAUCAAAUAAUUCAACCACAAAAACGUAUCCUACUUAAGAAAUUAUUAGACUCAGUGAUAGGAAGAGUUUUAGAAUUGAAACAUGAAUUGGUAAACGUUGAUCUUUCUGAACAUAGUUACUACGAUGAUAUAUUAAUUAAAUAUAGCGUUACUCCAGAAGAUGUUGAAAUUCGAAUACCGAGAUACUUUACGAGAGAACGUCAAAAGGAAAUAGACGAUAGACGAGAAUUCAUAGAAAAUACUUUGAGAAAUAUUGGUUUUCUGGAUGAGAUUGUUGUAUCCAAAACGAUGAGCGAAUUAGAAGCUGUGAGAUUAAUUCAGGCUCAGGAAAGAGCAAGACAAGGACGAAUAAGAUUCCAAUUUAUGAAGGAAAUACGACAAAUGAAAGAGAAAUCAAUGGUUAAGCAAGAGGCAGAGGAAAUAGAUCAGGAACACAUUGAAGCUGCUGCGAUAAAAAUUCAAAAAAUUUGGAAAGGUUAUAGAACUCGACGUUGGAUUCGAAAAAGACGAUUAGACGAAAUGCUGCUGAUAGGUAUGCUCCCGCCUAACGAAGUAUCGAUGGAAAAUAUUCGGCAAACAAAUAAAAUUAUACAUUAUCGUCAUGAAAAGCAGAUAAAAUUUCGAGAAAUCUAUGAAAAAUUGAUAAAUGAGAUUACGGAAAGAAUUCGCAAAGAAAGGAGUGGCGUUAUGGAAGAGAAUAUUAGAAGCGAAAUUCGAAACUGGAUAAAUGAUUACUUUCAACAGACCGGCAAAAUUCCGGAUUUACCAUCUGUUGAAAGUGGAGGUUCUAGAUUUAUUUUCAGUAGGCAGGGAACAGAGAGUACGAUAAGUAAAUCAACUGGAGUAUCUUCGAAAGAAUCGAGAAAAUCGAAAAAGUCCAAAACGAAAAAAAGUAGCGAGCCUGAAAAAUCGGAAGAUGAAACCGAACUGAGUUACUUUAAAUCUAUACCUUCGAAUUUUCUUCCAGAAUUGGUUAAUUUACAAGAAGAGUAUCAAAAAGUAUGGAAAAACAAAGACGAGUCUAUGAAUCCUAUGCAGGAGCCUUACAAAGAUAUGAUAGAAGCUGAUAAAACUGAAGAAAUUAAAGAAGAAAUUAGAAUUGGAGUGGAUCAAAAAUUGAGAGAUGAUAUAGAAGCUCUUCAAGCAGCUUUGGACAGAGAUAGGGGUAUUAAAAGUAAACGUGGUAAGAAAACGCAAAAACGUAUUCGCCGUAGUGGAAAAAAGAAUAAAAAGAAAAAAGAAAAGGAUUUGACACCAGAUAGAACAACAGAAUCUCUUUUCGAAGAACUACUCACUCAAGGAAUUAUUAAACUCUAUCGAAAAACUUCAUUGGCUGAUUUUAAGGUCGAGAAAUCUUAUGCUAAUUAUGAACUUCUUCAGAAUGGUAAAGAUAUUUUACCAACGUUAGGUGACAUCAGACAAUUAAUCAAAGAGUAUUGUAUUCUUCCUUUAGGCAACAGUAUUCUCAGAGAACUAACACCUCUUGUAAGAUCUGUUCUAAUAGCAGGACCUCGUGGAAGCGGGAAGAAAAUGUUGGUAAACGCUAUUUGUACUGAAUUAGGUGCUACUCUUUUCGAUAUUACACCUUCUAAUAUUGUUGGUAAAUAUCCUGGAAAAACUGGAUUGAUUAUGUUAGUCCAUUUGAUAUCCAAGGUUUCACGAUUAUUACAACCAUCGAUCAUUUUUAUGGAUAAUGCUGAAAAACCAUUUGUUAAAAAACCACCAAAAACUGACAAAACUGAUCCGAAACGUCUCAAGAAAGAUUUACCUAAGUUGAUAAAAAGUAUCACUAACGAAGAUAAAGUUAUACUAAUUGGAACGACAAGUUCACCUUGGGAUGCUGAUCAAAAAUUAUUAUAUCAAACUUAUGACAAAAUAGUAUACCUUCCCAGACCAGAUUAUGGCAGUAUGUCACUUGUCUGGAGAAAUUUAUUAUACAAGUAUUCCGGAAUAAACAGACAAUUCGAUAUAUCAGCAAUGAAUAAAAUCUGUGAUGGAUUUACUAUUGGUACGAUAUUGGAUGCCGUUGAUGAGGUUAUGACGACAAAACGAAUGGUACAAUUAAGAACACAUCCGUUAACACAUGCAGAAUUAAUUAACGCCAUUAGUACCAAAGAUCCGGUUUACCGUGAAGAAGAAGACACAUUUUUAUCAUGGUUCUCGAAAACACCAACUUGUCGAAGAAAACAAAGAGCUUUGGAGUUGGAACGAGAAAGGCUCGAUGAAGCAAAUGAAUCCAUGAAAAAGAAAGGAAAAAAUGGAUCAGCACUUCAACGCAACUCAAUAUUUAAAUUGUACAUUACGAAAAUGUCGUCAAUAGUUGUCAAUCUAAUAAUAUAA